ACUUGUAGCGAGCGUUGACCGGCGCUGGCUGUCAUUUGCACCGCGAGGUUUUGCAACAAUCUGAGCUCGUGGAAUACGUUCUAUUUUUUAUUUUUUUUACAAGAAUCUCAUUCUGGGUUCAAUGAAGUUGAUAUUGGAAUCUCGUAAUGAGGUGGCUUCUGCCGUGGAUUCUAAUAGUAGCCAGCACUCAUCAGGUCUUUUCCCAACAUUCCACAGCCACGCCUCCCUUGACGGCGACCAUAGAGCUGUAUAACCGUACAGCGUACUGCAAAUGGCCGUGCAAGUGUGCCAAGAGCGCCCCCCUGUGUCCACCAGGGGUCAGUGUGCUGAUGGACGGCUGCGACUGCUGUAAGGCCUGUUCCAAGCAGGUGGGGGAGACCUGCAACGAGGCGGACGUCUGUGACUACCAUAAGGGACUGUACUGUGACUACAGCGUGGACAAGCCGAGGUACGAAAAAGGAGUAUGUGCCUACAUGGUGGGCACAGGCUGCGAGUACGACGGAGUGAUCUACCGCAACGGUCAGAGCUUCCAACCCAGCUGUAAGUACCGCUGUCUGUGUGUAAACGGCGCCAUCGGUUGUGUGCCGCUCUGCACGGACUCCCAACCGCCCCGGGUGUGGUGCCAGACGCCCAGGCGGGUCAAACUGCCGGGCCGAUGCUGUGAGCAGUGGAUCUGUGACGAGCCCAGGAAGACGCGCAAGGCAGACCCCAGGCGUGCAGAGAUAGUGCGCGCCAGCCACAAUGAGGUCUGGCAUAAGAACUGCAUUACCCAGACAACCUCCUGGUCCCCGUGUUCCAAGACCUGUGGACGUGGCCUGUCCCUGAGGGUCUCCAACGCCAACGACCAGUGUGAGUUGAUCAAGGAGUCGCGCCUCUGCAACAUCCGGCCCUGUGACGUGGACAUCACCAAGCACAUCAAGCCAGGGAAGAAGUGUCUGAACAUUUACAGGGAGGAGCAGAGCCAGAACUUCACAAUCUCAGGCUGCAACAGCAAGAAGCCCUACCGUCCAAAAUACUGUGGUGUCUGCGUGGCCACAGACGAUCGCUGCUGCAUCCCUUACAAGUCCAAGACUAUCGAGGUGGAGUUCCAGUGUCCCAACGGAGCCACUCUGACAUGGCAGGUGAUGUGGAUCAACGCCUGCUUCUGUAACCUCAGCUGCAGGAACCCCAACGACAUCUUCUCUGAGCUGGAGCACUACUACGACCACAAUGAGGUCAUCAACUGAGCAGCCUUGUCCGAGCCUGAACGUACGGCCCACAGGGCAGGAGACCAUCUCCUGUUUCUGUAGCAUGAGGUAGUUUAGUGUACAAGUACAACCCCUGGGUAAGACGCUAGUCUGCCGCGGGGCCUUUUACCCAAAAUACAUCUCCUGAAUGCCAAGCGUUUUUAGAGUCUUUGGUAGGAUUUUACUGGGGAGAACUGAGCAGAGGACAGGAGAACUGAGCAGAGGACAGGAGAACUGAGCAGAGGACAGGAGAACUGAGCAGAGGACAGGUUCAUUUAGGUUAUUAUUGACUCCAGCCCUACAUUCCUUGGAAUAAAGGGAUUGAUGAUUUGUUGGUUAGUUGAAUUAGAUGUUGAAGUACCAGGCUGGAACAAAGCCUGCACACCCCUAAGGUGCCCAGGAGUAGGAUUGAAGAACAGUUGAACCCUGCCCAAACUCUUCAUUAUGAUCUUGAUAAUAAUAAUGAUACACAGGGCUUAUCAGUUAUUUAACCUCCAUUCAAUGAAGGGAAAAGGUAUGUUGUUUUUCAAUCUAAAUAUACACUGAGUGUACAAAACAUUAAGUACACCUUCCUAAUAUUGAGUUGCACCCCCUUUUUGCCCUCAGAACAUUCUCAAUUUGCCAGAGAAUGGAGGUGUUCAAAGCGUUCCACAGGGAUGCUGGCCCAUGUUGACUCCAAUGCUUCCCACAGUUGUCAAAUUGGCUGGAUGUCCUUUGGGUGGUGGAACAUUCUUGAUACACACGCGAAGCUGUUGAGCGUGAAAAA